CAAGAGCCUCAAGCUUUGCACGUCCCUGCUGCCGGGUGGGGCGCGCCGCUCCAAGGAUCGUCCGUUUCUUUGUUGUUUGUAUUUUCUUUUAAUUCUCCUCUUCGGCUCCGUACCUUUGCGGUUUCAGCUUGCGAUGGCGUGCGCGAAUCCCGUCUCCUCGUGCCUUGAAACGUCGACGGCCCAUGACACCGUUCAUUCGACCGUUUCGCCGGCCUGUCACCCUCGUCCCCGGUCGCUACCGCGACUAGAGUUUGAUUAUUUUUUUUUUUGUCUCUUUUUUUUCCUGGAGACAAUGAAGAUCUCCCGCCUCUCUGUAGGACUUCGGCGUCCUUCCCAGGUCGACGGCCUCACUGGCUGACCUCUCCGCAUGACCCCCCUCCCCUCUCUUCCUCGCCAGCGAAUCUGGCUGGGCGUAGCUAUCCAAACAUUUUUCUCAGAUAUGUAGACUGACAUGGUAGAUUGGACCCGGCUGUUAGAUUGGGGACCGUGGAGGGUUCAUGUAAAAUGCGGGCGAGGUAUUAGGCGAUCACCUCCUUUAUACCGGGGGAUGUGCUAUCACAAGAGAUAAGCUUGUUCUCUUCCUUCUGCCAGUCUCUCCUUUGUUCUGCCUCUUCCUUUGCUUCCUUGGGAAAGAAGAAGAUCGUCGUUCGUUGGGAAUGCUUCUACUCUGACGAAUCGAUCAUUUCUAUCCAGUCCGUUGUGGUCUCGUGCCUUCAUUUCUCUCCAUCACACGCUCCUUCAGCCUCGUCUCUGCUCUAGCAGCAGUAGCGUACAUUCCUUUGCCAGCAUCUGGACUGGUUGUCAUCACGAGAGUUUUAUCGGCUGGACCCAUUUCCUCUCGUUCUUUCUUUUUGUUCUGUAUAAACGCCCCUUUCAGGAGACUUUGAUAGUCCCAUUUUGUGUGGAUUUUUUUUUGUUGGGAUAGACGGCACCAUGAAGUUUCUCAGUGCGAUCUGUGUAGCCGGCUACAUGCUGGUUGCGCUGGCGAGCGCAGCGCCGCACAACCAGGAGAAGGACAACGGCAAAGGGAAGGGAAAGAUGAUGGGUAUGAUGAUGGGCAAGGGGAAGGCAAAGGGCAAGGGAAGGGUGACGACGACGACGACGAAGACGGUCACGGUCACGGCGACGGCCGCGCAGAAUUCUACAGUUGGGUCUUUGGCCACAGGUAGGCCUUCAAACGCGGGCAACCUAACCCUGCCGUUUGGAAACGUGACAGCACCGUUCGCGAAUGUGACGGUCGCGAGCAAUGGCACCUUUUUUGGAAACGUUACGAUAUUGGGUAACGGCACGGCUUUGACGAACUCGACCAUGUCGGGGAACAUGACUGUGGUUACGACGACAAAGACGGUAACCGUCACCGCUACGGCAACCAAGAGUAGAUCGUCUUCGAAGACCACCUCAAAGACUACUGCAAAGACAACUUCAAAGAAAACCUCAAAGACUACUUCAAAGACUACUUCAAAGAGCUCGGCAAAAGGCACUGCAAAGGGCAAAUCGAUGUCUUUGACGACGGUCUCGAAGACACAAGCUGCUUAUGCGUCCUCGUCCAAAGCAUGGACGACAAUGCCUUCUGUCCCUGCUAGUGGCCCACCAGCACCCCCUUCUCCCCCGGUUACAGCCUCUCCUCCUCCUCCUGCUAGCUCUGCUUCGUCCUCAGCGCCGAAGCCAAGCUCGUCCGCCCCAGCAACCGGAAAGGUCAAGUAUGGGGGUGUGAACAUGGCUGGCUUCGACUUUGGCUGCAGCAUUGAUGGAACCUGUACCACUGGUGGCAACCUGGACAUCGUCACGAACGGUAACGCAAUCCAGCAAAUGCAACAUUUCGUCAACGACGACGGGCUGAACACGUUCCGUUUGCCCGUGGGCUGGCAAUACCUUGUCAACAAUCAGCUUGGCGGGCCCCUCGACGCAACCAACUUCGGAGCCUACGACAAGCUUGUUCAAGGCUGCAUUUCGUCUGGAGCUCAAAUGUGCAUCAUCGACGUGCACAAUUACGCGCGCUGGAAUGGUGCGAUCAUCGGGCAAGGUGGCCCGACGAACGAUCAGUACGCUUCGCUUUGGUCUCAGCUUGCGACGAAGUACGCUGCGUCGCCGAAUGUAGCCUUUGACGUUAUGAACGAACCCCAUGAUCUUGAUGUGCCAACAUGGGCUGCGUCAGUUCAAGCAGCGGUGACGGCAAUUCGUCAAGCCGGAGCAACCAACCAAACCAUCUUGUUACCAGGGACUGACUUCGCUAGCGCAGCGACCUUCGUAAGCAGCGGAAGUGCUCAAGCUCUGAGCGCGGUUACCAAUCCGGACGGUAGCACCACAAAUCUCGUGUACAACGUGCACAAGUAUCUUGACUCUGACGGAAGUGGCACUCAUGCCAACUGCGUGACCAACAACAUCGACACCGCAUUUGCGCCACUCGCAAACUACCUGAGGCAGAAUAACAGAGUUGCUAUGCUCACUGAGACGGGUGGCGGACCGAACGAUCCGAGCUGUAUGCAAAUGCUCUGUCAACAGAUGGACUUUAUCAACCAAAACUCGGACGUGUACAUGGGCGUCGUAACCUGGGCUGCGGGUGGUUUUGACACAAACUACGUGAUCACGGAGACACCGUUCGUCAACGGCAACGUACUGACGGACCAGCCUUUAACCACACAAUGCGUUGUUAACAAGAUUGGCAGCAACAGCACCGCGUCAUCUGUUGCUCCGCCCAUGUUGUAAGAACUUUUUUUGGGGGGCGGGUUGCGUCGCGUGAUACGCUCAUAUGUGUAUGUACUUUGGCAUCGCGUCAGAAGUAGAAACUUG